GCGGGGCUUCUCGUCUCAGUUUCCGGUCCCGACAUGGCAUAGCUGGGCAGGAGAGCAAAACAGGCCGACUUUUCCGCUGUGAAAAUAAACAGAUAACAAGACAGCGCGAUUCGGAACUGUUUAAACCCUGAGGCUCGCUAUCCGUCUCCGAACUGACUGUCCGGUCCGGCUUGACCAUGAAUCAAGCCAUGGCAACAACAGCGCAGCUAUUCGAGGAGCCCUUUGAUGCAGACGAGUACAUCGAGAGGCUGGCCUGGAGGACCCCGGGGGGCGGCUCCAAGGGAGGGGCGUUGGCCUUCGACCCCAAAAAGCUGCUGGAUGAGUUUGAGAAUCACAUCGAGGAUCUGAAGCUGCUGGACGAGCGAAUCCAGAGGAGGGUGGAGAAGCUGGAACAGCAGUGUCACAAAGAGGCCAAGGAGUUUGCACACAAAGUGCAGGACCUGCAGAGGAGCAACCAGGUGGCGUUCCAGCACUUCCAGGAGCUGGACGAGCACAUCAGCUACGUGGCCACGAAGGUGUGUCACCUGGGGGACCAGCUGGAGGGGGUGAACACGCCGCGGCAGAGAGCCGUCGAGGCGCAGCGCCUCAUGACCUACUUCAACGAGUUCCUGGACGGGGAGCUGCGCAGCGACGUCUUCAACAACCCGGACAAGAUCAAAGAGGCCGCUGACAUCAUUCAGAAGCUGCAUCUGAUUGCCCAGGAGCUUCCUUUUGACAGGUUUGCUGAUGUGAAGGCAAAGAUUGCAAGUAAAUACCACGACCUGGAGCGGCAGCUGAUCCAGGAGUUCACGAGCGCACAGCGGCGCGGGGAGAUCGCGCGCAUGAGGCAGGCGGCCGCUGUGCUGCUGCACUUCAAGGGCUAUGCUCACUGUGUCGACGUGUACAUCAAACAGUGCCAGGAGGGUGCGUAUUCUCGUAACGAUGUCUUUGAAGACACGGCCGUGCUGUGUCAGCGUGUGAACAAGCAGGUGGGGGAGGUGUUCAGCAGCCCGGAGACCAUCAUGGCUAAACUCAUCCAGAACAUCUUCGAGAACAAGCUGCAGAACUUUGUGAGGGACAAUUUGGAGGAAAGUCGCAAAGCGGAUGCUGAGCAGUACCUGAAGAACCUGUACGAUCUGUACACCAGGACGACGACCCUGGCCGGCAAGCUGACAGAGUUCAACCUGGGCACAGACAAGCAGACCUUCCUGUCCAAGCUGAUCAAGAACAUCUUCUCCUCGUACCUGGAGAGCUACAUGGAGAUGGAGCGCGAGUUCCUCCGGAGCCGCAGCGCCGCGGUCCUGCAGAGAUACUACGAGUCCAAGAACCACCAGAAACGCACGCUGGGCACCGGCGGCAUCCAGGACCUGAAGGAACGAAUCCGACAGCGCACCAACCUGUCUCUGGGGCCGAGCAUCGACACGCACGGGGAGACCUUCCUCUCACAGGAGGUGGUGGUCAACCUGCUGCAGGAGACCCGGCACGCCUUCGAACGCUGCCACAGGCUGUCGGACCCCUCAGACCUGCCGAAGAAUGCUUACUCCAUCUUCCUGCUGCUGGUGGAUCACCUGUGUGUGGAUCACAUGGACUACGCGCUGGAGAUAGGACUGGCAGCCAUCCCCUCUCCAGACUCCAAGAAUGCAAACUUGUAUUUCCUGGACGUGGUUCAGCAGGCCAACACCAUCUUCCACCUCUUUGACAAGCAGUUCAACGACCACCUCAUGCCCCUUAUCAGCUCCUCCCCGAAGCUGACAGAGUGCCUGCAGAAGAAGAAGGAGGUCAUCGAGCAGAUGGAGGUGAAGCUGGACUCUGGCAUUGACAGGACCCUGAACUGCAUGGUGGGGCAGAUGAAGCACAUCCUCGCCACAGAGCAGAAGAAGACCGACUUCAAACCAGAGGACGAGAACAACGUCACAAUCCAGUACACCAACGCGUGCGUGAAGGUGUGUGCCUACGUGAUGAAGCAGGUGGAGCGGGUUCGGAUCUCGAUGGAUGGGAAGAACGUGGACACGGUUCUGAUGGAGUUUGGCGUGCGGUUCCACCGGCUCAUCCUGGAGCACCUGCAGCAGUUCACGUACAGCUCCAUGGGGGGCAUGCUGGCCAUCUGCGACGUGGCAGAGUACCGGCGAGGGGCCAAGGAGUUCAAGGUCCCGCUGGUACUGCAGCUGUUCGACACUCUCCACGCGCUGUGUAACCUCCUGGUGGUGGCCCCUGACAACCUGAAGCAGGUCUGCUCGGGGGAGCAGCUCACGAACCUGGACCGCAACCUGCUGCACGCCUUCGUGCAGCUCAGAGUGGACUACCGUGCCGCCAGACUGGGGAGGCACUUCAGCUAGGAGGGCAGCGGCAGAGCUGCACGAGCCCAUUAUCCAACGGUUCGAAUGGGCUUCACCACUGACAAUCGGGUGAGGGUCGUCAGCAUCGAUUUGGGCUGAUUCACCUUUCAAAGUGAAAACCAGUGAAGAAACAGCGGCUGGGGUUUGUGUGGAUCGCUGUUCUCUGCAGAGUGAAAAGCAGCGAUCAACACAAACCCAAGCACAGCUGUGUCUUUACUUGUUUCACUUUGAAUCAGCCCGAUUCAACACCAGGGACCCUCACCCGAUUGUCAGCACCUGUUUUCUGCGGAGAGCGUGAUCUCAAUAAUCUGUUUGUGCAGCGCUGGGUAGCAGGGCUGCCGGUCAGUACAGUGUCCACACCGGCCGACACCGCGUCCAUCCAGCAACAGAAAGCAAGAACAGACUUCAGAGAGCAAGGCUUCAGCUAAUAAGACAACACGGUUACCAAUCAGGACAGAGUGGCUUCAGAGAAAGCACAUGAGGGCUCCAGAUCAACCACACUGAGGAGAUGCUCCAGCUAAUGGGUAACAACAGUACAGCCCAGCAGUGUGUCAGAUAAGAGACAGCAGCGCUGCCUGGCGUUCAGCUAAUGCACAGCGAGACUGCUUAUUGGCAUUGCCGAUCAGGACAGCGUGGCUUCAGCUGUUAAAUAUCAAGACUACCGAUCAGCCCUGUGACCCUUCAGCUGGCUGGGAGACACCUUGGCCAACAAACAGAUCCACACAUGAAUAAAAAAGACUCCUAAUCUGCAGUGCUGGAUCGUCCGCUUCAGCCUAUAGACACGUCACUGCGAGGGUGCAGCAGUAAUGAAGACCUGGACUCUCAGGGGUUCCCAGAAGGACCUUAGUUAAGACACACUGGUCUAGCUUGGGUAUAUACCAUGUGUCAUUUCUUCAGCCCCAUCUUUUGAACCCAAAAUGUAAACCUCGCGUCCCAGCUGUCAAUCUCAACUCCUUAAAAUAGCGUGUUUAUCUGUAUUCUGUACUAAUUGAACUUCUGAGCUGUCGAGACAGUGGGCUUGUUUUUUGUAGUGCCAUAAACUGCAGCAGUGGGCCAAGUUGACCCCAUGAGUAGCCGCUGUCGUGUGCCUGUGCCCGGGACUAAGGGAGGGGUGGUGGCCCCCUCAGGUCAGGGUUAGGUAGGUGGCUGUUUUGGGGAGGUUUGCACAGUGAAGCACCUCCAUGCUAGUCUUCAAGCAGUUUGAUUAUUGAUUGAUGGCUUUUAUUGACAAGCCCGUCAAUCCGGCUGCAGCGCUGCCUGAGUUCUGGGUAACGUGUACCCAACAGCGUGCGAUUGUACUGGGCACACUGUACUUGUACGUAAGACACUAAGCCACAAUGGUCAUUUAAAACUAAGUGUCCUCCACCCAUCCCUUCUGUCCCUCCCUGCUCAGAUAGUCCUGUACAGAGGUUCAGCCCGGCACACACACUGAACACUAGCGAUGUAAGAAUGUAACUUUACUGGCUGCUUAGUGAAGUGUUGAAAUACGACUGCUGUGUGCGAAUUCGGAUCUGAUGAGUGCUCUGCGUAAGUGAUGAUGUUGUUUGCUUGCUGUAAAUUAAACUGAAGACUUGAGAGCA